UGUUACACUAAUUCAUAAUUGAACUUUGAAGCUGAUAGAUAUUUAAAAAUUUACGUUUUAGUGUGGUUUCAACAAAGUGCUGUGUUAUAGUUCAUUGAGUUGUUUAUUCACUAGAAAAUAUAAAGUAAAUUAAAGACUGGUUCCUUCCAAAAUUGAAUAUGGUAAAAUUUGAAAAAGGCCCCCCUCUAGGCGGGCCCAAGAUUUCAAAAGCAGCACCAUCUAAAAGUGGGUCUACGCUAGAUAUGGCUUCUCAUAUUAAAGUAGUGGUUAGGGUAAGACCAAUGUGUGAGAAAGAAAAAAACCAAAAUAACAGGACUGCCGUCGAAGUUGUUGAUGAGCAAAUGCUUGUAUUUGAUCCGAAAGAAGAAGACCGACCAUUUUUUUAUCAUGGAGUUCAACAACCAAAUAAGAAUUUUCUCAAGCGUGCUAAUAAAGAACUGAAGUUUGUAUUUGACCAUGUUUAUAGUCAAGAUGCGACAAACUACGAUGUUUUUGAGACCACAACAAAAGAGAUGCUAAGUUCAUUAAUGGAAGGAUAUAACUGUUCAGUGUUUGCAUACGGAGCUACAGGUGCUGGAAAGACAUACACAAUGAUUGGUAGUAAGGAACACCCGGGCAUUACUUACUUGACUAUGGAACAUUUAUUCUACUCUAUAAAUUCUUUUGAAAAAGAUAGAGAAUUUGAUAUAGGAGUAUCAUACAUUGAAGUGUACAACGAGAAUGUGUAUGACUUAUUAAAACCAUCAAGUACUCCUCUACAACUACGGGAGGACUCAAAGUAUGGAGUGACAGUUGCUGGCCUCACUUUAUUCAAUAUAAAAACUGCAAGGGAAUUACUAAACAUGCUUGAAGAUGGUAAUAAAAACAGAACUCAACAUCCAACAGAUGCUAAUGCAGAAAGUUCUAGAAGUCAUGCAGUGUUUCAGGUAUAUGUAAAAAUGCGUUAUAAGACCAGUAGCCAGAUUAGAAUUGUGAAACUUUCAAUGAUUGAUCUUGCUGGCAGCGAGCGUGCCUCAGCUACUGGUUGCAUUGGUGAACGGUUCAAAGAGGGAGCAAAUAUUAAUAAAAGUCUUCUUUCAUUAGGGAAUUGCAUAAAUAAAUUAGCAGAUGGCAGUGCAUACAUCCCGUACAGGGAUUCAAAAUUAACAAGGCUCCUGAAAGACAGUCUCGGUGGAAAUUGUAAAACAAUUAUGAUAGCAAAUGUUUCUCCAUCAAGUUUGAGUUAUGAAGAUACAUACAACACACUGAAGUAUGCUGCCAGGGCAAAUAAAAUACAAUUGAGCUGUAAGAAGAAUAUUGUGGACGGCAAUAUGAAGUUGUCACAAUACGUCAAAAUAACCGAAGAGUUAAAGAAGAAAGUUAAGGAAUUAGAAGCAAAGUUGUCUUUGUCUUCAGUUGCAGUUGUAAAGAAACAUGAUGUUGCUGAGGAUAAAGGUAAACAGGAAUGGCGCAGACUUAUUGAAAGCGAGGAGAACGUGUUUGGAGUGCUCGAGGAGCGCUUAUUGUCUAUAAUGAGGCAGCAGCGAGUGUUGGCGCUGAGACAGCGGCUCCGGACGCGGGCCUUCACGCACGUGGCUGACCUAGCGCACAGAUCCUCCUGCGAACCCAUCAACCAGACAUGCACAGAAGACCUACCACGUCACGAACGAGCUGCUGAACAUUACUCUAAACAGUCGGCACUGUUAGAGGCAACUUUAAUGAAAACAUGGACCGAAUGGGACACCAGUCGGAAGACAUUACAAAGACUUUAUAAUGAAGCACUUUCUGAGUUCCCAGAUCUUAUGGAUUUCGUUGAUAAACUUCAGCAAAAGAGUGAACUGCGUCAUGUUAAAGCAAGAGAUGAAUUAAGACAUAAACUAUUGUUAAUUGAGAACCAAGAAAUUAAUGCCUUUACUGAGUAUAUGAGUGAAAUGCCAGCUAUGCUGAAGAAACUUUACUUAAUAUUAAAGGGCUAUGAUAGAGCACCACCAUCACUAUCUGCUGAAUAUACAGAGAUCAUGAAAAAGGCUAAAUCAGCUAAAGGAAUAACCUGGGAUGAUGAAGUGAAAGAGAGUGAUGAAGAUAUUAAAUUUAUUUCUACCAUGGAUAUUGAAAAGCCGAGUAUUAGUCUGGAUUACAGCAACAAAGAUGAUAUUAAUGAUGCUGUUAAUAAUAUAGUUACUGAGAGUGAUGAUUCAGGAGAUGUUGAAAAUCGUGAUCCAAUAUUUACACUGAAACGAAAAGGCACUCCAGUCAAAUUAAAGAACAAUGAAACAAUUAUAAUUAAUGAUUCCAUUGAUAGUGUAGAUAUGGAUAACCAAUGCAAUUCGGCUAAGAAGAUGAAGAAAGCAAUAAAUUCUUUAAAUACUGAAAAUAUCUGUAUAGAUGCAAACAAUUUGAAUUCAACAUUUGUAUUAGCAAAUAAAAUGGAACCAUGGAAGAAAGCUUCCGUAAAGGUUGAACCUAAAAGUACUUUGCCAGUAAAGAGAGAGCUUAUUGAUAGAACAAAUAUAAUAAAUAGAGGAGUUAAUAUCAAUGAUAACAAGGCAAAGAUAGUGAAACCAGUGGUGGGAAGAGCUAUCCCGUUUCGACGUCCAGUCGUGGCAUUGCCCAGGCCUGUCACGGGCUUCGGUUCUAGUGUGGGCAGAGGCGGUACUCCCACAACCAGGAAUAUACAAGACAACCAGAAGAAGGCUGUGUUAAAUGACCGAUCUGUUGGUUUCAAAGCAGUCCGUACGAGAGAAAGGGUCCAGACUCAUCCGUACUCCCGACCAACAGCUUUCAACAUGAGAAAAUGACAUCAUUAGAUAGAAACUAUAUAUGACUUAGUACCUUAAAUUGUUGUCAUACUUAUAUAAACAAUAAUGGAUGUUCAUAUGCUUAAAUAUUAUAAGAUUGACAAUUAUAAUCAACAAUCUAAUACAAUUUAACAUCUUAAGGUGAGAUCCAUAGAGCAUACUUACACUUUACUUACGUAAAACUAUUCUUAGUGUGAUAAAACGCGAACUUGACUUUUGCAUUGGGUUUUCUUAGCUUAAGCUCAGCCUAAUUUCAGCUGUCAAAUGACUAUAAAAACGAAAUCAAUUAUUAUUUUAAGUUAAGUCGGAGAAAAGUAUGUUCACUCUAAAGAUCUCAGCCUUAGUGACAGCAGACCACUGACAAAAAUAGUUUUGAAUCUUUUUGUAAGACUCGUAGCUACAGAUAUAUUAUGUGAAAACUGUUUUAUUUGUUUAGAGUCAAACUGUUUACCUGAUCCUAGAAUACUGUAACGGCAAUGCUAUGUUAAUAUAUAUGUGGUAGAACAUGCACAUAGACAUCACACACAUCUUUCAAACUGGUCUGAAAAUGUUUGAUUGUCUGUGAUUCAAACGGAAUGGGUCUAAUUGGAAAACGAUUAAACGGUACUUGUGGGAAUAUCUCAAAGUAUUCACAUAUAAUAUCUGUUCCAAAGUGUCACACAUUAUUAUGUAAAACAACAGUUUUUGACAUUUUCAUACUAUGAAAUUAUCCUUGACAAGUUUGUGUGAUUAUUAACUAUAAUUAUUUGGCUUUUUUACUUUGUCUGUUGCAUAACGGAUGGUUUGAUAAAUAAUACUACUGAUUAUUGAUAAAUAAUAUACUCUUUGGGCUGUGUCCCUAAUUAUAAUACAUAAUUAUUAAUAUCACUUUAACCAUGAUAUACUAUUGUCAAACACUCCCUGCCCAUGAGGUAUAAUGUUCAGUGUGUGUAAGCGCCCUCUGUCGCACUUACGGGCAUUAAAUAAGGCACAAUGACAAACCACCGUCGAAUAGAUAUAAAGAUCCUAAUAAAAACUCAAACACAUUUGUUUUGCACAGACGAUUUAUGGCACCAGGGGCAGAGAAUCUUUGACAUUAGCAUGACGUGUUCACAAGUUGUAAAGUUUGCUUAUAUCAUAUCAUAGCCUCCAUUAUUGCAAUCCCGCUGUGGUAUAUUGACACCAAUAUAAGGUUAUAUAUGAGUCAAUAUUUAUUAUGAGAUUACGGUACACCCAACUGUGUAACAUAAUUAUUGAUAAGAUUUUUUUUUUAUAAACAAACUCCAAAUAAUGUCCAUCUAUCUAUGUCGGUAACUAAGCAUUUAUAAUUAGUUUCGUUCAUAUAUUUUGUAGUCAUAAUUAGUAAUUAGCAUGAUUUCAUUCUAUAAUAAGACUCGUACGUACGUUUAUUGUUAAUUAUUGAAUGCCAAACCUCAAUUUGCGUUGUUAUGUUAGUUAUUUCUGCUACUUCAAGAAUACUCGUGUGUUAGUGAGUUUCGGAGUCAAUACGUAAUUGCACUCUUGGAGGCCUAUACUGUAUAGGUCAAUACAUAAAGAUGCAUUCUUUUUGACUUGCCGCUGAAGUAAUUAGCUAUUUUUAACCGACUUCAAAAAGGAGGAGGUUCUCAAUUCGAUUGAUAUUUUUUUAUGUAUGUACACCGUUUACGCUGAGAUUUAUGAGCUAUACUUUACGUGGUUCUUCUUUAGUUUGAUGCGGAAUAGUUGCCAUUUGGUCCCAUAAAAAUUUCACAUGCUUUAGCCCAGUAGUUUUCACUUUAUGAAUACUCAUGUUUACGUGGACGAUGUAAUUUUAUUUUGUUUACAGCAGUGUGUAUUUUAUUUUUUUAGGAGUUUUCAUUUAGGUUGAUUAUAUAUUAUUAUUGGCCCGUGUCCCGAUAAGUGGGUCUUAGGCUACCUGUUAUUCAAAGCUAACAAACGUUCUUUACGAUAUUUAAUUAUCUAACUAGAACGAGAAGAUAGAUUUUCGAACAGCAUUUUUUUGAAGUCGAUUCAUUUUUCCGUUUCCAUUUAUUGGGAUCUAUAUUGUUUAAUGCUCGCGGCACCUUUCGCAGGCCUACCCAUAGCUAUUUAAAGAAAUGACUAUUUAAUAUAUGACAAAAUAUUAUAUAGUCUACCUGAUGUAAUCGACAAAAAUCCUACUGCAUUUUACAGAAUAGCCUAUUACAUAUACUAAAAAGUAAAAAAUAAUAAAAAACCAGGUUUGAUAAAAUCGACUUCAAAAACAAAAAAAAGUAUAAAAUAAGUUCAUAAAGAUUUACUUUAAUUCACCUCUUAUGCAAACCUGAUUUCCUUUAAUAUUAAUAAAAUACUAUUAUUUGUAUGUGCCACCUAUUUGAUAGGUUUAAAGUCGAUGCCAAACUAGAUAAACCUCUAUUAUUCUACCUACACUCGCCACGCGUAACUUGAGCGGAAUAGCUUCGUCUAGAACAAAACCGAAGUGGGCAGACGUCGUUAAUAAAUAAAUAAAAUAAAUAAUAAUAUUAAGUUUUAUUUUGCUUAGAAUCGACUUAAAAUCUAUCAAUAGGUGGCGCACAUACAAAUAAUAGUAUUUUAUUAAAAUUAAAGAUAGUUGGGUUUGCAUUAGAGGUGUAUUAAAGUAAAUCUAAAAUUAUUGAGUUAUUUUAUGAAUGAAUUCGGUUUUUAUAACGUAGUUUUUGUUGUAUAGGUUGGUUACUCACGGAUGAAACAUUUUUUGUUAUAUCAAAAUGACACGUUACAAGACUGCAAUGUCAAUACACAGAGAUGCAUCUUUUUUGAACAGACGCUGAGGUAAUUAGCUUUUUUGUAUAGGCUGGCUACUCACGGCUGAAAUAUUUUUUGUUAUAUCAACAUGACACGUUACAAGACUGCAAUGUCAAUACACAGAGAUGCAACUCUUUUGAAUAGACGCUGAGGUAAUUAGCUAUUUUGUAUAGGCUGAUUAGUCACGGCUGAAACAUUUUUUGCUAUAUCGACAUGACACCUCAAAGACUGCAAUGUCAAUACACAGAGAUGCUUCUUUUUUGACUAGACGCUGAGGUGAUUAGCUAUUUUGUAUAGGUUGGUUAUUCACGGCUGAAACAUUUUUUGCUAUAUCAACAUGAUAUCUUACAAGACUGCAAUGUCAAUACACAGAGAUGCAUCUUAUUUGACUAGGUGCUGAGGUAAUUAGCUAUUUUGUAUAGGCUGAUUAGUCACGGCUGAAACAUUUUUUGCUAUAUAGCGAUAUCGACAUGACACCUCAAAGACUGCAAUGUUAAUACACAGAGAUGCUUCUUUUUUGACUGACGCUGAGGUGAUUAGCUAUUUUGUAUAGGUUGGUUAUUCACGGCUGAAACAUUUUUUGCUAUAUCAACAUGACAUCUUACAAGACUGCAAUGUCAGUUAACAGUCAAUAACAUAUCCAUUGAAACAUUAAGAAAAUAUUCAUUAUUAUUAGAAUUUGUUGUUUAUUAGUUAUUUAUGUACAAAUUAAAUGUGAGUAGUAUUAACAAUUUAUUUCAAUACUAUCUUUUGAUAAUUAGUAACUCCUUUAUUACCUUAUCUACCACUUUCAAUCUAUUCGACAUUGUGAACACUUCACUGUCAAUUAUGACAUUUCACAAAAUUGCGUCUAUUGACUAGAAAAGAAACUUGCUUAGAAAACACAUACUCAAAGCUUGGUAGUUUACUUUAACGUAACACUGGCAAAUUUAUGGUGUGUAGGGUAAAAGUAAGAAUAUCCAUUGAUGUUUAUCUAAGUGUCUGUUAAAAAGCGGUUAAUGAUUGCGUUGGCGCUCCCUUAGCGAGUGGGUAAAAUUGACUGAUUAAUCUACAGAUGAUUUAUAUCUAAACAUAAUGAUUUAAAUUGAAUUUUUAAGGUAUUAUUGAAUAUUUUAAAAGGUAAGGUAUAUUUUUAUUUACAAGUUUUUUGUUAGUACUCAUUUACACAUCAGUUUUAUGAACAAUGUUAUAAAUGUAACAAUUAUAGUCAGCUUUAUCAAUCUUUUGAAUUCACUACCACUGCUGAAUCUAUUUAUACCUCGGAUUAACGGUUGACAUUAAAAUCAUUCAUAUUGCUUUAUACUCUUGACACAAUUUUUAGUCGUUAAAUGCAGCAUGAGUGCUACGCCACUAAUUAUGAAAUAAUAAUUUAACUUUUUAAAUAAAUUACAAUUGUAACAACUUGUAGUAAAUUGUUCAAACAAUGAUUAACACCCCAAUCGCCAUCUUUCUCUUAAUAUAUUAUUUUGAACGUAUCUCAAUGCUUCUGUAGGUCAUCUCUUUAUAAUCUGUUACCCAUUUGCGUGGUAUCCAUUCACUAGCUCUUUCAUACCAAUUCUAUUUCUGUUCAUAAAAAAUAUAUAAUAAGUAUUUUUAAUAAUAAAAAUAAUUACGUUAGAAAUAUAUUGAAAUAAUUUAAAACCCGGUACUGUAAAGGUAUGAAGAAUAGAUUUAUAAUUGAAGCUUCAAGUACGGGCAAGACGGAGCGAUAUGUUCAAGGUUUAAAAAUGUUCAAAACUUAAUUGUAUUUUAUUUCAUGUGAUCCCUGCUAUUGGGCUAUAGUUUGAUAAAAAUACAAUAACUUUAAUAUUAAAAACAUUUUCUUCGUCCUGCUCCUAGCGUGUCUUAUCACAAUUUCUUAAAUAAUUUAUACCUCUAGAUAGAGUUUCUUACUAUUAGACAACCGAUGAGUUGAUUCUAAACUCAAUUUUUUUCGACGUUUUCACAGCUGUCAUAGUCUAUCUAGACGUAUAAAUGAUCUAGGCACAAUUUAUAUUAAAUAAUCAAUGACGUUCUAAAUACAUAAGGACAUAUCAUUCGCAAACUGAUAGCGGAACGGGAAAAGUGUGCUUAAAGACACUAAGUACACUUUUCUCAUUAGUCGUGUGUCAACUGUCACUGUCCGAAUAGAAUUCCAAAUUCAGCAAACGUCACCUGAACUGAAUAAAUGUUUUACAUUGCUCCUUAUUGACCAAGAAUAUUUUAAACAACUGGAUUAAAUGCAGCAAUGUAUAGAUAUAGCAGUCAAAGCUUAUUAUAGUGUAGUUUGUGGUAUGUUCAAUAUUUUGGCUUUGUUAUUGUACGAUAUGAUUUGUCUAUUAUAUAUGUAUAGAACGUCAUUGUAUAUAAGUAUUUUUUUAAGGUAUUGGUAUUAAAGGUGUACAGCUUUAAAUGUUUGAUUUUAAUACGUCUAUAUUAGAUUGCUAUCUACGGGAUUACGUAUUUUAUAUAAUUUGUAAUAAUUGUGAAUAAUGUCUAUUAAAUUAUGUUUUUAAAGUGAGUUUAUUUUUUAGAGUAACGCUUAAAUAAAUGCAACAUUAAUUUACUAUUUCACUAUGUAAAAAUAUGACAAUACCAAUGAAUGUUAAAUAACAUGAAAUAAGAACAUUAUUAAAUUAAGAAACGUGUAAUAUUCGGAGAUAAUAUUAUGUUCGCAUGCAAAAAUGACUACUAUGAACAUAGUAGUUAAGUGUCACAAUUGUUUAAUAUUGUAUCGUAUUGUAUUUUGGAUUUAAGUAUAGAUAUUAUUCUAAUUUAAUGUAUUAAUGUGACUGAGUGAAUAUAUUUUGAUUUGAAUAAACAA